AUGACCGAAACACUAGUUGAAAAGGCGGAUCUGACCAGACUGGUGGGAGAAUCUGAUCUUCUUAUCGAGACAUUUGAUAUCCCGAACCGCCGGUUGGUCCACGGCAGAUCAUUUCCGAUCGGGAUCAAGCCGAAGGGUGACUUAGUGGGUGCAGACUUGGACAUAAGUUUGAAAUAUAUCAGUUCUCUGGCUGAAAAGGAUGUAUUCAACAAUAUCCUGACUCGGCACGGAUCUAUACUCUUUCGCGGGUUUCCUAUUCAGGAGCCUGAAGAUCUAUCAAAGUUCACUGAAGCUUUCAAGCUCCCACAAAUUCAUCAAGAAGUAGGCCUGUCAGGUAAAAGAACUACUUAUGCUGGUGGCAAUGUCAAGACUGCGAACGAGGAGCCUCCAGAUGUGAAGUUCUACUACCAUAAUGAAUAUGGUCGCAGCGCCCACUUUCCAGGUGUCUUGUUCUUCUUCUCCCAAGUGGUUCCUGAAUCAGGUGGACAAACUCCCUUGCUUUCUACUAUUGAACUGUACGAUAGACUGCGAGAGGAAACACCCGAGUUUGUUGACACAUUGAUUGAGAAAGGAAUAAUUGGGCGGCAAUAUUACCCGGCCAAAGAGGACCCCGAGUCAAAAACAAUUGGGUGGAACUGGCAAGACUCCUAUGGUUUCACCAUUAGUACCGAUGAUUCGUUAGAAGAUAAGCGCCGCAAAGUAGAAGAAGUGCUAAAGACACGCCUCCAAGCUGAAGCAGAGUGGCAGCCUAAUGGUGCCUUGCAUGUUAUCCAGAGUCUGCCUGCUUUCCGGCGAAUCGCAUCCACAGAUCAGAUCGUCCCAUUCAAUGGCCUCGGUGGCGUCUACGGCCGACAGCGAGAUCGACAGGCACUGAAGCCUCCUCACCGUGGUAUUGAUGGCGGUAUUCACCUGCCAACUACUUAUGGAGAUGGAUCUGAGAUCCCUCAAAAGUAUUUGGAAAAGCUUCUGGCAAUUUCUGAUGAUAUUGGUUUCUUGGUUCCUUGGCAAGAGGGAGACGUCGCGAUUCUCGACAACUAUACAGUCCAGCACGCCCGUUCCCCAUGGGUUGGAAAGAGAUCCCUGCUUGUCAGUCUGUGGGAUGGACACGAGAAGUUUGUUCCUGUCUAG